UCUCUCCCUCUCUCAUUUGAUCCCAUCCCUCACUUCCUGAGUAGGAGAGGGAGAGCGUGCAUUGAGGCAAGAGCCCCGGAGACAUCCACGACGUGGUGACUGAGGAAAGUCAAAGAGCGAUCGAAGCAGACAGCAACAACCAGCGAUGGCCCUCAGGUCCCUGGCCUGGUGCCUCGGGGCAGCUUUGGCUCUGUUUGGUGGCUCUCCGUGGGCCCAGGUGCACUCCGCCCUGGCAUCUGAGAACGAGGUGCCACUUCGCCCGACGACAUGGCUCCCGGAAGGAAAGCUCACCUCUGUGACUCUCCCCAAAGGACGAACUCGCAGGCUGUACUUCACGCUGAAGAAGAAGGCUCCGGCGAUGUCGGUGACUGUCAGCCCCUGUGACCUCCCCAUCGAAUGGAGCUUGGCAGCCCGCACCCUGAAGGACAAACCCCGCAAGAGCCUGCAGUGGAGCACCAAAAAGAGUGUGCCUGAGGUGUGGUGGCGAGGACCUGGGACUGAGGAGGAAAUGCACAGUUUCACAGGCAAUGCAGUUGACACCUACACGGGUCCUUCCUAUCCGCAGACUUCCAUCUACAUCCUGAGGCUGCGCUCCAAACAGGAGAUCACCAGAGCUACAGUGUACCUCCAUGAAGGCCUGGGGCCCUCGGGCGCCUUCCCUCUCCUCCCAGCUGACCCCAGAGUGCACACAUUGGGUGUCGGCAUGACCAGCGUCACCCUCAGCUGGGCGGCCAGUGCCUCGGUAACCAGCCUCCCUCAGACGCCAAAAGACUACGACUACUGUGUCCUUGUCAACGCUCGGCAAAACCACCCCAGUCUUUGUGCUGCCCAAGAGAGCGCGGGAAAAAAGACGGAAGAGAAACGACAAAAGGAGGAGAGGAAGAGAGUGACCGUGUGGCCCAUUCUGAAACAGUGGUGGUGGCAGCAGUGGGACUCUUAUCCGGAAGCCCAGAGUCCACCUUCCUCCCUCGCUGAUGAAUAUGCUGAUCUCCAGUGUGCCUGCCGGGGGACGGAGAGUGUGUGCACCGUCUCUGAGCUCCUGCCCGACACCCAGUAUUACUUUGACGUCUUUGCGAUCGACGGGCUGAACGGGACCAGCGUGGCGUACAAGGGGACAUUUGCUCGGACGCACGAGGAGGCUCGGGCGUCCAUCAUCACUCUGAGAGAAGGGGAGCUGAGGUGGGUGACCUUCCGCGACAGAGGCUCCAACUCAGAGCAGCUCUUCAGUUUCCUUCCCCGUGGCGGACAGCAGAGUGGCCUCCUCACCUUGCAGAGCUGCGGUGCAGGUGAGAAGGUCAAGGUCACUGUGUCCAGGAAAGGUCAGGUUUUGACCUCACGGGCGGUGGGGGGGGAUUUAGUGCACAUUUGGCUCCAGGGAAGUCCGUCCUAUCUCAUCCAUUUGGAGAGAGAAGGAACUUCCACGGACCCAGCUCUCCCCGGAGGUCGUAUGGCUUCGGUCAAAAUGCAGACCUCCUCAGCGUAUCACCGCAGAGGGGUCCCAUCUCUGCCCUCCACCUUGCAGAUAAAAUCCUUCAACCGGUUGCGUGGUUGCAACAGUGUCACCCUGGCGUGGAUGGGCACAGAAGAAAGGAGUUUGUACUGCGUGUACCGCAGAAAGCUGGCGGACCGUGAGACUGAGGCGGGGGGAGCAUCAGCUCAAACCGCCCCCUGUCUGGGACCAGAGUCCCGCUCUGACACCGAGAGGGUUCUCUGCAAGUAUUUCCAGGAGCUGAAUCCUCGGCGGGCCGUCACUACAGCUGUGAUCGGGGGCCUGGAGCCAGGGAUGGCCUACGUGUUUGAUGUCUAUCUAAUGAGACGCUGGGGGAUCCCUAUCAAGUACGCCAGUAAGAUGGUAAAGACCAGAAAGGAAUGCUGAGUUGCCGCCCCCUAAAGGAGGGUUUUUAGACUGUCCCAGUUUAGGGGAAAACUCAUCAGCCAUGGACAUGCUGAAAAGGCUGACCAUGAGAACGAAGCCAUUUGACUGUUGUGGAGAGACUGUUACCAUAACAAAGAAAUAUUCCCCGAAGAGGAGGAGCAAUGGUUUUUAUUCAAACUCCGCUCGCACUAUGCAAGUGGAUGGAAAGCAUAUGAGAAGGAUUUGCACACCAGCAGAAGUUCAUCACAUUUACAAUACAACUCUUGUGCUGUUGUCAUUUUGUUUUUCAUUGUUGAUCAUGGUAAUGAUGUGCCUGUUGUCCAAGUUCUUACUUUGUGUCGGAGUACAAAGGACAGAAUCGGUUUGUGAUGACAGAACAAAUACAAAAACAACAACAGAGACUGUGCCAAAUAUGCAACAGAAACAGAUGGGGCAAUAAUUGGAUAACAUCUGAGAACGGGGGGCUUUGCCGUGUAUAUCUCCAGUGCUGCAUAUUGUACAGGCUUAUAAACACAGAUGGGUGCAAUUUACAGAUGCUUAGUUCAAAGUCAGUGUGUAUCUUUGUGUUCUGCUUUCGCAUGAAGCAGUGAAAAAUACUUAGUGACUUGCCUCAUUGUCUUUGAUGUAUUCGUGUGCUGCUUCAAACGCACUAAUAAAUACUAGGGUAUC